GGAAAAGGGACGCGGGAAAUGAGAACCUUUACACAUGGACCGUGACAUGAGGAAAACUGGCAGUAAAGGGCAAGGCGGUCUCUUCUGGCAGAUGAUGACACGAAGAAUCUUGGCGAAGUUAGACAUCCUGGAUAUGCAGGCGAAGAUCCUCCUGGACAGACAGGCGAAGAAAAACAGGCUUCAGAAUGAGGAGAGAGGAAAGACCUUGGUUAUACCCCUGACAUUUGACUUUCCUUUGGAGUUUGAAGAGGCCAUCAGUGCACCCACAGCUAAGACAGCAUCAAAGGUCACAGCAGAUAAGUCAUGUGACACUAAGAAAGCAAAAAAGUUUGUCCCCCUCAAAUGUGAACCUGAGCCUAUAAAAAGUGAUUUUGAAAAGUUCAAUUUGGGGCCACCUAUGGCUCUAUCAAAUAUAAAAAAUCCCGAAAUUCAACCUGAAAACAAAACCAGUAAAUCCCUGGAUUCCACUGGCCAUUUGGAAGAUUCUGGAAAUAGCAGAAGAAAAUGUCCUCCUCCAGUGAAUAAUUUAAGUACAGAAGAAAAUCAGUCAGCCACGGAUGAUCGGUUGAGUCAGUGUUGUCUGGCAAGAAAGAAAAGCUUGCCACCCCUGUGCUUUGAGGAUGAACUGAAAAAUCCAGAUGCCAAGGUCAUCCACGUGAGUCCAGCAAGGAGCACACCUCCUCAGGAGGAACAAAAUGACAGGAGUCCCAUAAUUUUCCAUGAUACACAAUAUAUACAAACAUUACUUUUGACAAAAAACAGCUUUUCUGCCUGUAUUUUGGAAAAUGAAAAAAUGUAUCCAUGUAAAAAGACAAAUUUUGUUUUAGAAAGAAAUUGCACAAUCCUUAAAUCUUUAAUUGAUGAUGAAUCCAUUACUCUUUCCAAACCCCAAAAAACAACGCCCACAACAAGGAGAAAAGAUGUACAAGCCAGAUCUUAUGAAAUGGGCCACCGAACUGUAAAAAGUAAACUAAAGAAGAAAACUAAGACUCAGACAUUAGAAAACAGAUCUUGGAGUACACUUCAUAAUUCCUCACAGACUUUUUCCAGCCUAACAAUAACAGCUGUGGACCACCUUGAUAAAAUUGUCACUCAGGAAAGAAGUAGGACAGAUGUCAAGUUUGGAAGAGUACUUUCUAUGGUGAAACCCAGAAGCCCGCACAAGUUAAGUGCCUUACCUCUCAAAAGUUAUUCAACGCUCUUAAAAAAUACACUUGAUGUACGUAAAUUAAAUAACGCAACACCACUGGAUGAUUUGUUACAUUUGCCAAAAGAAAAUUAAAUCACUCCCCAAAUGUUAUCUAUACAGCAGUAUUUGGGUAACGAGAAGCAAACAACCCCAAGUUCCACGACCACAGAAGUUCUAGUCCAAAUAGCAAUGUUCUAACGGGUGGUGUAAGAAAGAAAAGCAUGGAAAUUGGAGUUAAAAAUUGACAGUGAUCAACUGUCAGCAGCAGUCAGGCCGUCACCAUCACUCCUACAGUGCAGCCUGAUUCACAACCAAACAUGAUGCAGACAGACUGGAAAUUUCCUGCUGGAAGCUGAAUAACAACACCAAUAACCUUGUUCUAUAACUGUCCGUCAAAAAAAGAUGAAUACUGUUAACCAGAAAUGUGGAGGUAAUCACAUAACAGUAUUUUGUAGACUCC